UGACCAUAAUUUUUGACUGAAAGGCGCUUCAAUUUAAUUUUUAUUUUUACAUGGUUAACAUUCUAUGCAAAAGGAUUGAGUUAAAGGCCAGAAACUACGACGUCAGACUCGAAAGCAGAAAAGAUCAAUUAAUAAUAGCAAAAUGCAGAUGCCAAGACGCACUACAGAAUUUCAUGAAGAACCCAAGAGUAGUGCUACGCGACAAAAUAGACAAAGUCGUAUAGCGGUCCGAAAGCGGUCGUCGUCAUUAGAAACUCACGGACUUAAGGGUAACAAUGCGUACUUGAGCGUACCCGUGCAGCAAACUGCUUCCUCUAUUCAGAAGACGCCAUUAGCCAAGCGUACCCUAUUUUCUGCCGAAAAAUUCCAUAGUGGUGGAGGAAAUACUGCCUUACAUAAUGACAAAAAGUGGAUCCAAGAAAAGACGCAACGCAUAACUGAAUAUUUAAUCAGUAUCGAUAAUAUUGGCGGAAUGAAAACUGAUUUUCUACUCAAAGGUUUACGGCAAAUAUCUACAAAGCAAUUUGUCGCGAUAGUUGGCUACUUUCUUGGCCGCAUUUGUGGGAACCGAUUCACAAUGGGCCAAAACUAUGUUGAAGAUAUUAUAAACAUUUUGCAUGAACUGAAUUAUCCGCACACAAUUAACAAAUCAUGGCUUAAGACGCCAAACACACAGCAUUCAUUCGGUAAUGUUGUAGUUUUACUUGAUUUUCUUAUGGAUUUUAUAUCAUCGGAUAUGGAUUGUUCUCAACAGUUAUUCGAUCUGGAAAAGCCACAAGAAGGAGACUGCUUAAUAACCGAGUGCUUACAGAUAUCUGAUUUGGAAUUUCAGAAAGAAUUGCUAUGUCAUUCCGAAGAAGGUUUUAAGUUUUGGGAUAAGUUAAUGGAGAAUGAUUUUAAGAGAUUACAACGACAAACGUGCAAUUUACUUAUCCAGAAAGUGUGCGGCGUCAAAGACGUGAACACUAUCGGCAGCGAACACCGUAAAUUGUCUAAGGAACUACUAGAUUUGCAAAAGCAGGCACCGAUAGCAAAUGAAGGAAUGGUAGACGCUAAAAUAAAACUAAGCGAUGAAGGCGAAACAUUACAGUCCAAUCUAAAAUCUACGAUCGAAGAGAACGAUAUGUAUAAUUGGAAAUUUGAAAAAUUACAGAUUAAAAAAACAAAACUAUUAGCGGGCAUAGAGCAGCACGAACAAGAUAAGGCUGCGUUACAAGAGCAAAUUAAAAAACAACAGGGUACAGUUGAAGAACGCAACGAACUUCUAACGCAAGUCGAGCAGCUUAAGCAAGACGCAGAUAUUGUUGAGCGUACCGUGUAUGAUCUUAAUGCUCGCGAUCAUAAUCAACAGGUGUUUUUUUCUAGAGCCCUAAAGCGAAUCAAAGAGCAAGUUGAGUCAUUUAAUUCUCAUAUGCGCGACAUUGCCUUUUCUGAUGCGCUAAAAUUAAAAACUGAUAUAAUCAAAUAUCUCCAGUUACCAUUACGCUUCAACGCACAACACAUCAAAAACGUAUUUUCUUGUCUCAAUCAAAUCGAACGUCAAACAGCGGAUGUUAUAGAACAAAAAACCAAUACCAUACAACAAUUGCAACAUCAUAUUAAAUGUUUAAUCAGCGUACAUGCCGAAAAUGAAAGUAAACUAAUCAUAUUACGUGAAUCUCAUGCUAGCAGCCAAAAUAAUCUACGUGACUUAAAUGAGGAAAUUCAGAAAGAAGAUUUGCGUUUUAAAUUGGAGUUUCAGCAAUUGCUAGAUAAAUCAUCGAGCCUACACAAACAAAUAGAAGAGACUGAUGCGCGGGUGAAAUCUGACGAGAUUCUACUUCAAAGCUUGGAAGCCAAAAAUGAAGAGACCAUGAGCACAGCGGAACGCAACCACCAACAACGUAUAUCGCAAAAGAGGAACUUCCUCGAGUUUUACAAUACUUUGUUAGAAGAAAAAUUUCAAGAAGUAAAACAAUUUCGCGAGCAAUUGCAGGAAUUUGAGUCGGAAAAAAAUUAAAGCAAAAAUAGGCGCACACUCACUCCCCCUCCAUCGUACAUAAAUUAAUAAAAUUCAUUUUUAAAAUCAAACUGCACG